GCCAUUGUGGAGAGGUUGGAGUUUGUUUGAUUGAGUGUGUGGACAGGUGUCUUUUAUACAGAUGAGUUCAAACAGGUGCAGUUAAUACAGGUAAUGAGUGGAGAAAAGGAGGGCUUCUUGAAGAAGAACCAACAGACCUGUGAGAGCUGGGAUUCUUACUGGUUGUUAGGUGAUCAAAUAUUUAUUUCAUGCAAAGAAAAGCAAAUUAAUUACUUAAAAAUCACACAAUGUGAUUUUCUGCAUUUUUGUUUUAAAUUCUGUCACUCACAGUUGAAGAGUACCUAUGAAAAGAUUAACUACGCAAACUACGUUUCCCAUGAUGCACCAGCGGGGAGUGUCGGGCUGUCAACGCCAGGGAAGAGGGGUCGGUUCAGCAUCUCCGGAGCUGCGGAGCGAAGCAGAGGACAGAAACACAGUGUUCACAAACAAAAUGAGCUGGAAAUAAAUCACCGACUGUUUGCCGCGUCGGUCCGCCGCGAUGCCCAAACCGGAUAUUUAAUGACCGAUCAGCGCGGAGACCGGACUUUAAUUCAUCAAUGAGAUCUGCGGAGAGGCUCUGCCGCUCGGUGGAAACGCAGAAAAACACAAGAUGAAGAAGCAGUUCAACCGGAUGAGACAGCUCGCCAACCAGACAGUGGGCAGGGCUGAAAAAACAGAAGUAUUGAGUGAGGACCUACUGCAGGUUGAGAAACGGUUGGAGCUGGUCAAGCAGGUUUCCCACAGCACACACAAGAAGCUGACUGCCUGCCUGCAGGGUCAGCAGGGGGUGGAUGUGGAGAAAAAGUCUGUCAGGUCGCCCUCGAAAAAGCUUCCUCUCACAACACUAGCACAAUGUAUGGUGGAGGGGGCGGCCGUGCUAGGGGAUGAAUCCCUCCUGGGGAAGAUGCUAAAGCUCUGCGGCGAGACGCAGGACAAACUCGCACAGGAGCUCAUCUUCUUCGAGCUCACCAUUGAGAAAGAUGUGAUUGAGCCGUUAUACGAUCUAGCAGAGGUGGAAAUCCCAAACAUCCAGAAACAAAGGAAACAUUUAGCAAAACUGGUCCUGGACAUGGACUCUGCUCGCACAAGGUACUACCAGUCUAACAAAUCCUCGGGACUGUCCAGCAAUCUGCAGCCAACAGGAGCUAAGGCCGACCACGUCAGGGAAGAGAUGGAGGAGGCAGCCAACCGCAUGGAGAUCUGUCGAGACCAAUUAUCUGCAGACAUGUACAGUUUUGUGGCCAAAGAAAUAGACUAUGCAAGCUACUUCCAGACAUUGAUAGAAGUCCAAGCAGAGUACCACAAGAAAUCAUUAGAAUUACUUCAGAGUGUUUUGCCACAGAUCAAAGCUCAUCAGGAGACCUGGGUGGAAAAACCAUGCUACGGGAAACCAUUAGAGGAGCACUUAGCGCUCAGUGGGAGAAAUAUUGCCUUUCCUAUUGAAGCCUGUGUCACUAUGCUACUGGAGUGUGGCAUGCAGGAAGAGGGUUUGUUCAGAAUUGCUCCUUCUGCCUCCAAACUGAAGAAGCUGAAGGCAUCUCUGGACUGUGGGGUGUUGGAUGUUCAGGAGUUCUCUACAGACCCACACGCCAUUGCCGGUGCUUUGAAGUCAUACCUGCGUGAACUCCCCGAGCCAUUAAUGACCUUUGAGCUCUACAAUGAAUGGAUCCAGGCCUCCAACAUUCAAGACCAAGAAAAGAGACAGCAGGCUCUGCUCGGUGCCUGUGAGAAGAUGCCAUCUGCCAACAACAACAACUUCAAGUAUUUAAUUAAGUUCCUCUCCCAGCUAACUGAAUACCAGGACGUGAACAAGAUGACGCCUGGAAAUAUCGCCAUUGUUCUUGGCCCCAACCUGCUGUGGACACACGAUGAAGGGAACAUCACAGAGAUGAUGACAACAGUUUCCCUUCAAAUCGUUGGCAUCAUCGAGCCCAUUAUCCAGCACGCCGAUUGGUUCUUCCCCGGAGAAAUUGAGUUCAACGUUACAGGAAACUAUGGCAGCCCAGUCCACACCAACCACAAUGCCAACUACAGCUUGAUGCCGUCUCCAGAUAUGGAUCAAAUAGAUCGCAGGCAGAACGAUCAAAGCCGACGGCCGCUGAGUGUUGCCACGGACAACAUGAUGCUGGAGUUCUACAAGAAAGAUGGCAUAAGGAAGAUCCAAAGCAUGGGUGUCAGGGUGAUGGACACUUCUUGGGUGUCACGCAAGGGUCCGUCAUCGACGUGUAAAACGCCGCCAAACACACACGCCUCAACCCCACCCACUGACGCUCCCAUCCCCGAGCAGCCUGGGGAUUUCUAUGCAUCCCCAUCCCCCACCCCUCCUCCCACUAGCAGCGACCGAGCCAGCACUUUGAAAAACAAGGAGCUGUCUCCAAUGAUCGGACAAAAGGGACUCCAAGGAGUAGUGACCUCUGGUGGACAGUCACAGCACUCUGAGCACAGCCCACAUAGUCUGAGGAGAGCAAAGAAGACUGCCCCUAUUCCACCUAAAGGCCCUUACUGCCAGACAGGGGCCAUGUCUGACCAGUCGACAGGUCAACCGUCUCCAGUCAGCCUGUCGCCUACUCCUCCGAGCACCCCUUCCCCCUACGGCUUCAGCUACCCACAUGGUUAUGCCACCAUUGGUUCCCCAAGUCAGUCCCAGAUGGCAACCACCCCAUCUCUGUCUUCUCCGCCCUCAUUGGCAGGCACACUCACCAAACCCAGACCAACCCCUAAGCCGCCCCGCCAGAGGCCCAGCCUGCCUCCCCCUCAACCCCCCACCAUACCCGGCACCAGUCCUCAGCCUUUGGAGCAUUCAUCGGGUCUCCUUGAUGGUUUACCUCCUGGAGAAAGCAUGUCGACAGAUUCCCUCUGCAACUUGGACAUCCCCAUCAUCAACAUGGAGCUGGACAGCAUCUUUGACUUGACACACAUCUCCCCCUUCAGGAACUCAGAGGCACUUUUGGAGUCGCCCAAAAGCAGAGUGGACUCUGAAGAGGAGGCCGAAAGCACAGUGCUAUAAACCCACCGGGUUUGCAGGGACCCAACAUUACCACCGCUUCACUGCAGAUUAUAUCCUCUUCCUUCCCCAAACAGCUCAUCUCCUUGUCAGACCUCACCUGUUCUCAAUCUAGAAGAACCAACAUGUAAAAACAAGCAUCUCACAAGAAGCUUUCCAUUUCAUCCACAAUUAGCAUUUUACAAUUGCAUUUCCAGGAUUAUUUUAAUAUUUUUUAUGUUUUCUAUUUGUUUUUGCCUUAUUUGAUUUACAUGCAAUAUUGCCUUUAACACCACACGGGAAGCUGUCUGGAAACCGGACGAAUGAGAGUUCUUCACUGUUGCUGCUGCUGUGUAAUGCGUGAAGCUGAGAAAAAGCAACAUCAUUGCUUGUUUCCCACCCCGAUUUAUUUUUCCCUUCACUCUUCUCAUUCCUCAGGGGUGUCCAUCUGAAAUGUCUUGCUUGUUUAAGCGUUGGCCCCAGAGUUCUGUCCAGCCUGAGCGUUCACUGUGAGUGUCAGUAUGUGUGUGUGUGCGUUUUGCUAGUGUGAGAUGUGACAGUUGUACUAAAUAGUGUUGCACUGUUAGUGUGGUGGAACAAAAGCAGAAAUGAAUUAAUUUAAACAUGAAGGGAAUUACAUUUGAGGUGAUAAUGAGGUUAAAAGCUUAAAUGGGCUUUUUGUUAAAAAAUGACAUUCAGUUAGGACAUCAGACACUGGAUAUUUAUUGUUUGUACAGUAUAUUUUCAGAGUGUAUGAGAUAUUCACAAUAGAAAUCCAAUUAGAUCAUAUUUUGUAUGAACAGGAGAGUUAUAUAGAAAACAUUUUCACUUAUAAUCGAUGCAGCCAGGGAACUCUGAAAUAUAUGACAUCCAUACUGUUGUUUCAGAAAAAUUAAGCAAUCCGAAAUACUUUGGUAGCAAAAGAAAAGCUGUGUGGGACCUUUUAUACUUCAUUGUAAAGUGAGAAGAAGGUUUACGAUGAUAAGGAUGUGUAGGUUUGGCAUUAUGAUGCCUGAUGUUUCCAUUAACGCUGUUCCGCUAAUAGACCAGGACUGGUGUUAAAGUCAGCUUCUUCACUGUGUAAGAAGACGCCACCCCAGUGUCGCUGUAUUUUACAGCUAAAAUCUGAAAACUGUUGCGUUUGUAUUCGGCUCCCCUUUUCUUUUGAUACCCCUAAAUAAAACCCACCUCAGAAGUGACUUAAUUAGUUAAAAGAACAACAGAGAAUAAUUUAGACUCAGGAUAAAUGUAUCUCUUCUGUGAAGGCCUCACAGUUUUGUUAGAGAACAUUAGUGAACAAACUGCAUAAUGAAGACCAAGGAGCACAACGGAAAGAUUCCAUCCUUUCUGCAUAAUCUGAAAAAUCUGAACAUGGAAAGAGUAUCGCACAACCAAAAUCCUGCCAAGAAACAGAGAUCCAUCUAAACUGAAAAGCCAGAAAGGGAGAGCAUUAAUCUGAGAAGCAGCAGGGAUGCCAAUGAGAACUCUGGAGGAACUGCAGGGAUCCAAAACUCAGGCGGGAGAAUCUGUUUAUAGAUAAAGUCAUGCACAAUUCUGGCCUUUGUGGAAGAGUGGACACAAAGAAAGACGCAAGAAGACAAGUUUGCAAAUGGUCAACAAGCAUGUGGAGGAUGGUGCUGUAGUCCGAUGAGACCCAAAUAUUUUCUUUAAAAAUGCUAUGUGAGAUGAAAAUCUAACACUACCCAUCUGCUUUAACCUCAUGGAUAAGGGACACUCUUUUGAGGACCAAAGUGGUAAUAUUUUGGACAGAGAAGAUAGAUGGUUUGAGGGAGGAGUGAAGGAAUCCAUUUACAUCAAAUGAGACAAACCAACUCUAAUCAGAGGUGGGGGUUUCAGAUUUCAAAUGUCAAAAACAUACAGUUCAGCAUUAAGCCUAAAAAAGUCAGUUUCAAACCAAUUUCACACCUUCCUGGAGGUGACCAAAACAUAUAUUAGUGAUCCAGACUAACAAUGACACUAACAGUGCCCUAUUGUUAAGGGAGUCUAAUCUGCAUGUGAAUUUAGAUGUGUAGAACCGUACAUCCCAAACAGAUUGAAAACUUAGAACUUCUCCCUCACUAGCUUUGAACUGCGAAAGCCCUUCGGAUGAAGAGUGAAACAUCUUCAACUACAAGAACUGAAGUCUAGUUGUUUUGUUUUUUUUGGAAUCUCAUUGAACACACCAUCCCCACUAUGGUAGUAGCAUCAUACUGUGGGACUGAGAUAGGAAAUCUGGUCAGAUCUGAUGGGAUGACAAGUUGAGUUAAAUACAGGACAAACUUGGAAACAAAAACCUGUCUGAGGCUGCAGAUGACCUAAUAGUGCAGUGAAGGCUCACCUUUUUAGCAGGACAACAUACUGUCAGAGCUGCAAUGGAAUGAUUUAGAUCAAAGUAUAUAUGUGUUUUAGAAUUACCUAGUCAAAGUCCAGACCUAAAUCCAGUUGAGAAUUAGUCCAAGACUUGAAAAUGUAUCUUCAGACACUCUCUAUCCAAUCUAUCUAAGCUUGAGCCAUUUUGCAAAGAAUGGGCAAACAUGUGUGUUGAUGUGCAAAGCUGGUAGAAACAUAUCCUAAAAUACUAUAAUUGCAGUGAAAGGUGGUUCUACAAACUGUGUGAAGCUGAAUAUUAAGGCAUGCCUACAUUGUACAGAUUUUUUUGUAUUUGUAAAAUUGUUUGAGUCAAUGCUUGAUUUUCCUUCUGCUUCACAGUUAUGUGCUAUGAAUGCUUUUGCGAGGCAUUGUUCAAUAAUGGGGGGUUUCACCAAGUAUGAAGAUGGUAUAACUGGUUCUAUAAAAACACAGAGCAUACUUAAUUUUGUCCUCUUUAGUAAGAGAGCUACAUCUUCAAGACAUUUGAAUCUUCUCUGCAGUGAAUGUUUAUCCUCCUGGUGGAAACGGCAAGAACUGGUGCUAAACAAGAUCUAUCAGCAGUUUAAUACUGGAACCAGUUUGUUUUGUGUUCACUCCAGGCUCCUUAUAAGAAUUAUAAUUGGUAAGCCAAGCAGUCUAUUGUCAUAUCGUAACCCAAAAAACAGAAACACUACCAGAAAGAAAAUGUGCUGUAUUUUUAUGAAUGAGUGCAUGUUUUUCAUUACAGUGCCAUUACAGCCGCAAUUACAGUUUAUAGAAAACUCUGAUGGUUCUAAUAUUUUUUUGUUUUUUACUGGUGAUCCAGAGGCAAGUGCAAAGAUUUCUAUAUUUUUGUUUAUUUUGAUGAGAGUAUUUAUAGAUAUAUCUCCAAGUACGGUUUACUUGGUGUAAGGCGCUGAUUACUUGCGCUUCAUGUGUGUCUUUUGUGAGGAUUUUUUAAAAUCGAAGUAUUCAGACACAGGACCAGAUUUUUUCUGCCGUCACAGUAAAACUUGAAAAUCAAUUAAACUGAUGUUACGAGGUUAGCGUUGGAACAGCAGAAGUUUGCUGCUUGCCUUGCGGAGGGUUUUGUUGUGACCUAUCCAACCUGUUGGACCUUUAGUUUUUGUCCUGAGAAUGUCCACUGUGCUGCUAUGCCAUCAUCUCUCUGUAAGUGCAAAAUCACUCACAAGGACUUUUGUGAAUCUUGAAGUGUCUGUACAUGUUUGUUUUGUAUAUACUGACAACAGGAAGAAUCAAAUAUAUCAAAAUCUAUUCACAGAUACUGAAAACUAAACAUGCUGUACAUAUAUUAUUCUAAUAUUAGUGGUUGUAGCACAGUAAUGUCACAUCUACACAUCAGUUGGCUUCUCUUUUCUACAUGAGAACGUAGUGUUUGUGCAGACUUCCUGACCUCUCUCAGUCCUGUUUUUAGCUUUAUAAGUAGAAAAAAAUACAACACUGCAUGUCACCGCACCUACGUGGUGCGACAUUUAACUGGCUCAAGAUCUUUUGGGGAUCAUUUGACAUUUUUUACAUCCUCAUUUCAUAUGUUUGAAUGUGUAAACAUAUGCAUUUUUACAGUUCAAAUUAUUUACACUAUUUUACAGCAGAACAUGCAGCUGUGAUGAUGGGGUUGGUUUAUAGCAUCUGGCAGGAAAACCUUCUGAUAGUGUGGUGCUACAUUUUACCUUUUCAUUUUACUGAUUAAGGGAGUCUAAUUGGUUAAAAGAUACAAUGGCCGUUUGAUAACUUUUCAUAAAUCAACCAGUGAAGAGCAGAUGUAAAUUGGUACAUCUACAGGAAAAUCUACAUAAAUCAUUACUGAAAGGUUAUUUUAUUUCAAUAGUACAAUUUAAACCCAUUACAUGCAUGAUAUAUUUCAAGCGUUUAUGUCUGCUAAUUUUGUGAUUAUGGUUAACUCUUCAUGAAAACCCCAAAUUCUGUUUCUCAGAAAAUUAUAAUAUUGCAAAAAAACCAACAAAAAAGGGAUAAUUAUGGCUAAUGCCAGGAAUGUGACAGUUGUAACACAUGUCCUAGAAACAUCUCUGUGUGGUUACUCUUGAAGCUCUUACUCCAGCCUCAGUCCAUAUUUCAUGAAUCCCCUUCAAACCUUUCUCCACCCUUUCCAACCACACUUUCUAGUUUCCAUUAUUUUUGUAGGUUUUGAAUCAUCUUUUAAUAUACUGUCAUGUCAGUCAUUCAGAUCCACCAGGUGCAUUUGAAUAAAAACAGAAUCAAGUAAGUACUUUGCAAUAUUAUUAGAAGGACAAAACAAUGUAAGAACUUAAUUGCCAUUGUGGUUGGGCUGAGGUCAAUGGUCUGUCCCCUUUCUGUGUUGAUUCUUGAGUAGCCAUGAUUCAUCUGGGUGUUUUUUACUAAAUGAUUUCAGAACACAUCAAACUUCACAUCACAUAUACAUCAUUUCCAGCAUUGCUGCUUUUUCAGCACUGAAAUAUAAAGCCUUUUCUACACAAAUAGGUGGAAUGUACUGACAAUAUUCCUCUCAAAUGUUGCGAUGAAGGCAUAUGUGUGCGAGUCAUCCUCAUAGUUUUAUGGAUUAGAGGCUGGAUGGGUGUAUUAUGAGCAGUUUUGUGGUAUUAAAUUCAAAGUUGUUUUUUGUGCAUUUCCGCAGCAUGCUUUUUCACCAUCUCCUUGAAAUAUGUCUUAUAUUUGGUCCUAUCUAAAUGUGCUCGUAUUUAUUUUUUAUGAGAGAAAAGAUCAGGCUUUGCAGGAGGCAAGAGUCAAAGCUGCCCAUUAACCUUUUUUUUACAAAACUCAUCAUGAGUUCUGUUAAAUCAUUCAGGAGUUUACUCCUUACUGUAACCGUAUAUGCUCCACUUUGACGUGCAAAAGCAAAUCAGCUUAAAACCAAGAUCUUGAAAAAGAACCCUGUUUAGUAAACUACUGAACUUCAAUGUACUGGAACACUGUAUAUCCUAGAAUUAUCCAGUUUGGUGUGUAGAUUACACUGUGGUGCAUGCAGUCAUUGGAGCCAAAAUAUUCACCAUUAUUCUUUUUUUUUAUUUUGCAAUGGCUCAAGUCCCACGUAAGGGGGCUAAACUGAAAAGGAAAAAAGCAUUUGAUUUAGUCUUUGUCUUAAACUAUAGUGAUGCUGUUGACUCUCCAAGCUUGGAGCAAAAAGAAAAUUACAUUUCUUUGAAAAACAUAUUUUAUUCCUUGGUCACAAAGUGGAAUUCAGUGUAAGAUGGGGAAAAAAAUAAAAGAAUAAUCAUCCGAAUGUUGAAACUAUUAAACAUGUUUUUAUAUUA